AUGUCGCGGCGGUGCGCGCGCAAGCUGGAGCGCGCAUGCUGCUCGUUUGCGACGUACAUACCGCUGAUAUUCGUCUACGGACUGACGACGUGGGCGGUGUGGGUGGUCAUCAACAUUGGCCUGGUGAGCGUCGACAGCACAGGCACCGGAUCGUCCGUCGUCGGCUUCAUCCUCUACGCCCUGCUCAACUGGUCGUACACGACGGCCGUCUUCACCAGCCCCGGCUCGACGACAAACGACGAUGGCUACGGCCUGCUGCCCACCACGCAGGGCCACACGCCGUCGGCCACGUCCUUCACCGUCAAGAGCAACGGCCAGCUCCGCUUCUGCAAAAAGUGCCAGGCCCGCAAGCCCGACCGCGCCCACCACUGCUCGACAUGCCGGCGGUGCGUCCUGAAGAUGGACCACCACUGCCCGUGGCUGGCGACGUGCAUCGGGCUGCGCAACCACAAGGCGUUCCUGCUGUUCCUGAUAUACACGACGAUAUUCAGCUUCUACGCCUUUGCCGUCAGCGGCACGUGGGUCUGGGGCGAGGUCGUGGAGGAGCAGACGCGGUACACGGACGCCCUCAUGCCCGUCAACUUUAUCGUCCUGAGCGUCAUCAGCGGCAUCAUCGGCAUCGUCGUCGGCGCGUUCACCGGGUGGCAUAUUAUGCUGGCUGCCAAGGGCCAGACGACGAUCGAGUGCCUCGAGAAGACGCGGUACCUGUCGCCCCUGCGAAAGACGUACAACCACGCGCACAAUCCGGCGAACCACCUCCCGCAGGCCGCGCAGCAGUUUGUCGACUUUCACACGAAUGCGCUGCCCGGCGUGACGCGCCCAGAGGAGGGCGAAGAGCGACCCUUCGAGAUGGACGGGUCGCGGCCGGUGCAGAUGUCGUACGACGACCUGGAGCGCCAGCAGUCCCGAAAGCGAUACGAGGAGUACCUCGACGAGCAGGAGUCGGAGAAGCUCCCCAACGCCUUUGACCUGGGCUGGAAGCGCAACCUGCAGCACCUCAUGGGGCCCGUCCCAGCCCUGUGGUUCUUCCCGAUCUGCAACACCACGGGCGAUGGGUGGUCGUGGGAGCCGAGUCCGAAGUGGAUCGAGGCUCGCGAAGAGAUGAGGGCCGAGCGCGAGCGCCAGAGACAGAGAGAGAUAAGCGCUGGCUGGGGGGCGCCGGAUGACGACCCGUAUGCACCUGCGGUUGGCAACGGCAACGCCAUCGCGCAAGCGGGACCGGCGAGCCACGGAGGCUGGAGACCGCCGAGCAAGGCGGACCGCGUCCUUGGCCGGGACCCGAACCUAUACGCGGACGGCACGCAGACGAUGCAGAUGCAACGCCUUACUCCCAAGGGGCGAAACCUCGAGGACGAUCUCUUGGACACGGACGACGAGAACGAUGCGGCAGCGGCGGCCGGCGAGGCAAACGGGCCGUCGCCGGGGACGGGCAGCCGGGAUGAGGCCGAACGGCGGGCGCUGGACGUGGUCACCAACGGCCGGGGGUGGGGCCGUGGCGGCGCCAGCGGGAUGCUCCGCAAGGGGAGCUCCCAGAGCGCCGGCGGCACGGGGGCCGUGAGCCCGCAGUUCCAGGACGAUGGCGUCGACUGA